GUUGGUUUGAGUAUAGGAGGAAAGAUCGCAGAGUUUUUGUUUGAGCCAAUUCAACGAGAACUUGGCUAUCUCUUCUGCUUCAACAGUAACUUUCAAGUGCUGGAAGCUAAACUCGGUGAACUAAAAGCAACUAGAAUCGAUGUACAAGGAAGGGAAGAUGCAGAAGAGAGGAUGCGGAAAACCCUGGGUGAAUCCGUCAAGUUGUGGAUUAAGGAUGCUGAUGGAAAAAUUGUUGAAACAGAGAGUCUUAUCAAUGAUAAGGCAGAGCUUCAAAAAGGGUGCUUCUCCAUCAAAUGGUGUCCUAAUAUAAGUUUGCGCUUUUCUUUGGGCAGGAAGGGGAAGAAGUUAUCUCUCCUUCUCAUCGAGCUUCUUAAACGUGGCGGUGAGUUGCCGAGCAAAGGUUAUGGCUUGCCCAUGCCGCCCAUAAGCUGGAGAAAGUACAAUGGAGAUGAUUUGGAUUUCGAGAGUCGAAAUAAGAUUAAGGAAGACAUCAUUCAAAUGUUACUGGACGAAGAGACAAGGUUAAUAGGGAUAUGCGGAAUGGGAGGCGUUGGAAAGACCACUCUCGCCAAACAAGUCAUUCAAAAGGUACACGACUCUCAUAAACAUUUAUUUCCAAUUCAAGUUAUCUGCACUGUCUCGAAUAGUCCCAAUUUCCAUGAUAUCCAAGAACAAGUCGCACAGAUGUUAGGGUCUUCUCUAAAGGAUGUAGAGGGUAAUCCUUUAAGAGCACAACAUUUACAAAACGCUUUCAGUAACAAGAAAGUUGUCGUAUUGUUGGAUGAUGUUUGGGAAAAGUUUGAUUUAAAUGAUUUUGGUUUUCCGUUUACAAAAUCAGAUGUUGGGUGUUUCUGUAAAAUCAUUUACACAUCUAGAUACGAAAAUUUAUGGUCAGAUCUGUCUCAUGAAAUCUUCUCUCUUGAAAUAUUAUUACAUGAAGAAGCCUUGAAUUUGUUUACAACAAAAGUCAAACUGUCGAAUGAUGAUAAGGAUUUCCAUCAGAAGGAUAAAAUAGUGAGGGAAAUUGUUGAUAAAUGUAAAGGACUUCCCCUUGCGCUUAACACAGCAGGAGGUGCUCUUAUAAAUAAAGCCACACAUCAAUGGGAUAAUAUGCUAAACCGGUUGAAGUACCACAACGAACAUAUCGAUGUGGUACAUGAGGUCUUGAAGGCGAGUUAUGACUUCUUAGAAAAACCCAAUGAAAAGUUCGUGUUUUUACUAUGCUGCUUAUUCCGAGAAGACGCAUAUAUUCCUGUUGAGACGUUGUACCGUUAUGCGGUGGGUUUGCAACUCUUUGAAAAUACGACUCACAUCAGAGAAAUAAGUGUUGGCGUGCACUCUAUCGUUGACGACUUAAUAAUAAAAAGUUUGUUGAUAAAGGUUAAAGAUGACGAUGAUGGAAAUCGUGUAGUGAAGAUACAUGAUGUGGUGAGAGACGUGGGAAUUUCAAUUGGAAAACAAGAAGACCGUUUUAUUUCUUUACAGUUAUGGAAUAAUGGCUUAGAAGUUCUUGAUAAGAUGGAAUCUCGAGUGGGCUCAAAAUUGGAACUAUUACGGUUGGAUAAUAGUUCAAGUCCUAACGGAUCAAAUAUUAAGAUAUCAAAAUUUUCAUUUAAAGAGGCGGAUAAUCUCAAAGUUCUCGAUACAGUUAGCCGCUACAGCGAGAUUAGUGAGUUUCCAUUAUUUUUUUCAAAGUUGAAGAUGUUAUCCCUAGAGAGAUUGAUUUAUUUAGAUAUGAAAACCAAUAUAUCUUCCAUUGGACAUAUUAAGUGUUUGGAGAUUCUUUCUCUUCGAAACUCAGUCAUACUAGUUUUGCCAAACGAAAUAAGUGAGUUAACAAACUUAAGAUUGUUGGAUUUGAAUGGGUGCGACUGUUUCAUAAAUAAUGGUGUUCUUUCGAAGCUUACUAAUCUACAAGAAUUGUACAUGUGGAAUAGCUUUCAAGAUUGGAGGAUACAAAGAGAAGACGUUAAUGGUGGAGACAAUCAUGCAGGAGGUCUCGAUGAGUUAAAUUGUUUACCUAAAUUGUGGAAAUUGGAACUGGAGAUAUUCAACAUUGAACAAGUGCCGAGAGAUGUUAGGCUAUUUUCUUCUUCAACGUUGUUAGAACAAUUCAAGAUAAGAAUAGGAGCAAAAUUUAUGCGAGAUAUUCGAUUUGAAAGUGGGAAAAGACAAUUGUGGUUGAAGAACAGUUCCGCCAGUUUCUUAAAUGAACUUGGGGCUUUAAUAAAAAAGGACAUUACCAAUUUAUGCAUAAGCAAUGAUCUUGGCAUGUGGGAGAAAAUGUAUUUACACAAUUUUUUAUCAUUAUUGAGAGAAGUUGUUCUUACAAAUUGUGGAUCAAUUAUUACUCUUUUUCCACCGUCACAAUCAUCAAUGGAAAUAGAAGAGAUCAAUGGACUUGGGCGUUAUUUGUGGCGUAUCGAAAUAUAUGGAUGCAAUCAAAUGAGGCAUUUAUGUUCUACAUCAAUAUCAAGGAAUCUCACAAAUCUUAAAGUUCUUGUUCUUCAAGACUGUGAAAUGACCGAAGAAGUUGUUAAUUUUUGUGAUAAGACAGAACAACUCAAUAAAAUUGAGUUCAAUGCUUUGGAAACUCUUGUGCUACGUCACUUGUCUAGGAUGGAAAGUUUUUGCAGAGGAAUAAAUGAAAUUUAUUUUCAUAAACUAAAAACAUUGCGGCUAACAGGACUGAAGAAUUUUAUAUUUCCAGCAAAGGUGGAAAUACCUUGUUUGGAGAUUCUGAAUAUCUCAUCUAUUCCAAAUAUUGAAACUUUGCCUAUCGUGGCUCCAUUCCUAAACAAGUUGUACAUUAAUAGUUGUGACAGCUUAAGAUAUGUCUUCUCGAAGAGCUACUUGAGUAUUUCUCAUCUUGAAAAAUUAUCCAUUAAAGAAUGCAAAAUGUUGAAGGGACUUAUAGGAGUGUCGAAGGGUGUAGAAGAGGAGUCGAAAAAAUCAAUUGAACUCCCCAAUUUAAAGAAAUUGAAUCUCGCAUUCUUAGACAAAUUAAUGAGUUUUGUCAUGGACAUCAACAAUUUGGAUGUUGAAGAGAAAAAGUUGCAGCAACAAACACUAUUUGAUCGUGAUGAGGUCUCGUUUCCUUGCUUAUAUAGGUUGGUGAUAAAUGGAUUGUCAAAGAUAAAUUAUAUAGUAGGAUGGAAAGAGGGAGAAAGACAUCAUCAUCAUCAUGAUAAGAUAUUUCCUGCAUUAAAAGAGUUGUUGUUGCUUAAUUUAAGCAAUUUAAUACAUAUCUAUGAAAUCAACCAGCCAGAACUUGGAGAGCUUUUAUUUCAAAACGUGUCAUACCUGAGAGUUGAUGGAUGUGGGAAAUUGAGAUAUUUGUUUUCGGAGAAUAUAUGUACAGUCUCUGCCAGGCAUCUUAGGCAUCUCGAAAUAAGACAUUGUCCAAUGCUGGAAGUGGUGAUGAAGAAUAUAGAGGAUGAUGAUGAUGAUAAAGCUGGAGGAGGAGAAGGAAGUAAUUAUUCUCUCGGAAAUACUCAUUUCCUUCCACUCCUUAUGAUAGUGUACUUCUGGAAUCUAUCAGGUUUGAGGAGGUUUAGUGAUGUUGCUUAUACUUGGGCCUUGCUAUCACUAGAGAAUCUACGAGUAUCAAAAUGUCCGAAGCUAGAGGCACUCUCUCCCGGCUAUUUGGAUUCUCCAAGGCUGGACACUCUUCGGUAUAAUUAUGAUAGAGAAGUAAAUGUAAAGGAUACUUGGAAAGGUGACAUUAACGCUGCAUUGCGUCAUUAUAUCAAGCACUCUCGAUCUUUGAUUGAAUUGCUUCAUUUUAUUAUGCUGGGAUUGUCAAUGAUGUUACUAGGAUUUACAUAUAAAGAAGAUAUUGAUGUCAGGCCAUUCUCUUCGGCUGAACAUAGGGAUAUUGUUGUGUGGUUCAUAUUCCUGCUUGUAUUGAUGGAAACUCAAGCAAUGAGGCGUCCUAAGGCUCGGAUGCACAUAUUUGCAUUCCUCACCGGCAUAUUGCGUGUCUUUUUCUUGUUAAACAUUGUUUGA